AUGGGUUUCACUUCUACGAUUUUAGCAUCUGUCAUUGUGACUCUUGUUCUUGGCGACAGUAUUCACCUUUGUGACGACAUAGCUCACCUGGACUGCUCGUCUUACGUGUUAGGAGACACGGACGAGGAGGUGUGCGAUAACAGGAACGUACUCUAUCAAAAUUUCUGUGAAUACAGCAAGGCCAAAUGCGCUGACAACUCGAUAUCGAUUGCCUCCCUUGGUGGUUGUUAUGACCCUCACCGCCCCGUGGAGAUCUACACCACCACCAGACCGACAAUUGUCACCACUACACUGGACCCUAUAUCAGAUAUCUUCUGCAGAUAUAGUGGCAAUAUCACGUGUUCAUCUGAUCUGGCACCAGUAUGCGCAAGCAAUGGUCAGCUGUAUUUCAACAAAUGCGACUUUGCUUUAGCAUACUGCAAAGACAAAACUUUGGCACUUCAGAACACGGAACUUUGUCAUCACUGA